GGAGAUCUGUCAAGUUUGGCACUUCAGGACUUUGUUUCGCCGAUAUUUUUCUGCUCGAAAAGACGUGGAGGAAAGUGCUAAUUUUUCGCAAACUGAUGUUUUUGUGAGCGAAAGAAGAAGCAGUGAGAGAGGGACUUUUUUUCUUCCUGAACUUAAUCAUAAAGUCGAGUUUCCAUGAUGAGCAAACCCGCCGGCUCAACAAGUGGCUGUCUGGAUAUUCUGAACGUCAAAUCAAGUCGUAUUCUCGACAUCCCCUGCAAAGUGUGCGGAGACCGCAGCUCAGGGAAACACUACGGUGUUUACGCUUGUGACGGCUGCUCGGGAUUCUUCAAGAGGAGCAUCCGCAGGAACAGAACCUAUGUCUGCAAAUCUGGCUCUCAGGGUGGCUGUCCCGUGGACAAAACUCACAGAAACCAGUGCAGAGCGUGCCGUUUGAAGAAGUGUCUGGAAGUGAACAUGAAUAAAGACGCCGUCCAACACGAAAGGGGCCCCCGGACGUCCACCAUUCGCAAACAGGUCGCCCUAUAUUUCCGGGGCCACAAAGAGGUGAACGGAUCGUCGACCCAUUUCCCGGGAUCCUCUUUGCCCGGCCCUCCCUUCUUCACCACGGUCACGCAACUAGAGCCUCACAACCUGGAGAUGAGCGGAGUGGCCACCACGCCGGAGAGACAGGCCAUCGUGGGUCUGGCACAGCCCACGCCGAAGUAUCCACAUGAAGUCAGCGGCACCCCGAUGUACCUCUACGAGGUGGCCACAGAGUCUGUGUGCGAGUCUGCGGCGCGCCUUCUUUUCAUGAGCAUCAAGUGGGCCAAGAGUGUUCCCGCAUUCUCCACCUUGCCUUUAUCCGACCAGCUGAUUCUACUGGAGGACGCGUGGAGAGAGUUAUUUGUUCUGGGCAUUGCGCAGUGGGCCAUUCCUGUGGACUCUACCACUCUUCUCGCUGUUUCUGGAAUGAACACUGAAAACACGGAGUCUCAGCGGAUGAAUAAGAUCAUGUCGGAGAUUCAAGCACUUCAAGAGGUGGUCACCAGGUUCAGACAGAUGCGCCUUGAUGCCACAGAGUUCGCUUGUUUGAAAUGCAUUGUGACAUUUAAAGCAGUUCCCACACACGGCAGCACUGAGAUAAGAAGUUUCAGAAACGCCAGCGCCAUUGCUGCACUACAAGACGAGGCACAGCUCACUCUCAACAGCUACAUACACACCAGGUAUCCCACUCAGCCUUGCCGCUUCGGGAAGCUGCUCCUGCUCCUACCGGCGCUCCGCUCAGUCGGCCCGUCCACCAUAGAGGAGGUGUUUUUCAAGAAGACCAUCGGGAACGUGCCAAUCACAAGGCUCCUCUCCGACAUGUACAAGUCCAGCGAUAUAUGAGAUCGCACCCAGAUGUGUGGAAAAGACUUGAUCAAAGGGCCCACAGAGCCAAGAAGAAGUCCACAGACUGUCAAUCAUAGCAGGUGUUUUAAGACAGCCGAUUUAGACCUAUAAGCUCCGAUGAAACAAAGACUGCCUCAUCGCCAGAUUUCACUGAGUAGCCUGUUAACAGUCAGUAGUGUUGAGGAUUAGCGUGUAACUUUCAUUAUAGAAUGACUGAAGCUGAAAAACUGCCAUCUUUGCUGUGGGCACAGACAGCCUGCAGUGUUUAAAUAUCGCCUGAAGACUCUAGAGAGCACGUUUCAGGUAUGUCUCGAAAAAGAAAUGUUAUAUAUUCAGAAGUUUCCGAGCCUCUGACACCAAUGAGCUUGACGACCAAUCCAGUCUCUUACAGCUGUGUUCAAUCCCAGUGGAGAAAACCAAAUAAAGAUGACGCAUGCGUAAUGGGGACGUGAAUCGCUGUCCUCUCGAUCCGGUGCUGAAACCAAACGCACAUGGCAUCGAGGAAAAAGACGAAAAGACUUAAAAUGAUGCUGCAAAUAACUCCUGACUGUAAAACUACGUUCAUCUGAAGACAGUGUGUGUAUUUAAGUGGUCACUGUCCUGUUUGUGUUGGUGUGUCUUGUUUGAGGCGCAGCAUUGGAAACGUGUAGGUCAACUUUGUGAAGUUAGACACUAACACUGGAUAUAAAUUGAUAUUCAGCACUUGGAAAUGUUCUUUUGUGGCUUGUAAUGUUUUUAUUCUGUUGUAAAUAUUUGGAGUUAUAACUAUUUAGAGUUGUAACCAAGAGAAUAAAAGACACUGAAUGAAACUGUUUUCAUAUCAUGUGGAUAUAAAUUAACUAGCUACUGUUUGGAAA